CGGUAGCCAGACUGUUGACGGCUGCUUGGUUGCGGCUGCCACUCCCACUUUCCAACCAAGCCCACGCCACACUCCUGCAGCGCUUGGAAAAGGAACGACUUAGUUGUUGAGGACCAGCAAAGUCUUUGCCAAUGGUGUGAAGACCCGUAAUCUCUAUGCAUAUUGCCAGCUAGCUAGCUAGAAUCGAAUCGAAUCGCGAAGUCAAGACCAGACAAGCGUUAAGAUACGCGCAAGACAAUGGCAACUAUGCUGUACAAGCGAGCAGCGACACGGCAUCGUCUCUCAGUUGUCUGGGUCGUCCUCAUGACCGUGGUGACCGUUGCGUCCUUUACCUUUGAUUUGGAAGAGGAUUUUCAAGGGAAGGGCGACGGGCCAGAAAGAGCUGGAGUAACCUUUGAUAUUAUCCCGCCAGUAGCCGCCUCGGCCCUCCCUCCAACCUUUGCGCCCACUGGCAGUGGUGGUGAUGCUAUUGACGACUCUGCACGCGCAAAGCCCGUGGUGACGGGAAACAAUAUUAUCCAGGGCCAGCCAUUUAACUUUACCCACAUUUUCUUUAUUGGUGGAAAGUGCGACAAUCCAAACGAUUGGUACUCUGAGUUUGCUGCUGCUGGAGUGCAAACCAUCAACAGGACAAAGCAAAUAAAGCAAAUAUGCUACUCUCCAGAAGAGUUUGAUCCACCGGAAAACCAGGUGGGCUGGUAUCAGUACACGGGUGCCUUUCACGUCGAUGCCCUACACAAGGUGGAAGCGAUGGUGGGGGACGAGUUGAGUGAAACCCUCGUUAUUACCGUGGGAAUAGGUAUCGAGACAAAUUUCACACCCGUCGUCGAUUUUUUACGGCGUGGGCUGGCCUUUUUCCAUGGGGGCUACUCUCGCGACCUUCUUACAAUCAACUUCACGGAACAUGGACUCUCGGAAAAUGACGUUCUCUACAUCUAUUUCAACCUAGACGAGGACCUCAGUGCUCAAGAAGCCGGAAGAGAAAUUUGUCGCCUGAGAGGGACCCGGCCAAAUAUCAGAAUUGCCAAGCUCUACUCCAGGGACCGGGAAGAUCUGGACUUUCGCAUAGACAUUGCCAUUGAGAGCUUUCGAGAAGCAUGUUCAGAAACAACCGUGAACGUGGCAUGGGAAAUGAGAGAGAGCGACAAUGAUCCAAAUACCAACUCUGCUUACAGAACUGCACUCAAGUUCAAUCAAGUUCCAGAAGUCAUCUUUACCGCUCAAGACGGUGUCGCCGAAAGAAUUUUGAACGUUGCCUCCGAAGUGUUGCCAAAGGAUGUUGCCGAUCGCAUCAGCGCUACUGGAUGGAAUGCAAAUAACGCAACCUUAGUCGACCAACGCAAAAUCUUGACAACAGUCGAUCAAUUGGUCUUUCAUCCUGGUCGCGGUCUCUGGGACAAGGUUGAUACAAUUAUUGAUAUUGUGCAAGAGUCUGGGGUGAAUUCCACCAAAAGUCUACAACAGGCCCUGCGAAUUGGCAAUGACUUGAACAUCAGUUCCAGUACCUUGACCAUUUCCAGUGACAAGGUUGGAUAUCUCAUCAACGCUCUGCUCAAUGGAUACGAUUCUCGCGUGGGGCCGUUCCUGAACGUUUCUGUCACCACAGGACUGUUUGAUGUUUCCAUUACCGAAAUGAUCCCAUUUGAAGGAAAGUUUCAAACCGUAAUUUGGAUGCGAUGGUCGUGGCUCGACCCUCGACUGUCGUGGAACCCAUUCAUCUACGAUGGUGCCUUGCGAAUUGAGGCGGAUCAGAUUUGGACUCCCGAUCUCUUCUUUAGGAAUUCAUUCGAAUCGGAAGAAUUGCACGCGUCUCCUGCAGUUGUCGAUCCGUCUGGAUGGGUGACAUUGGAGGCCAAUAUGCAAACACAGUUCCUAUGUACCACUGACCGGAAUCUCGCCAGUUUUCCAUUUGAUGACUACGAAUGUUCCAUUGACCUGGCCGCGCCCUACGGAAUCUGGCUGGAUCAGGGCUAUGGAUUUGACAUUAUCGAGAGCGACCCUCAUUUCAACACGACAGGACAGCUACAAAACGAAACCACCGCCGAGGAAUUGACGAUGGACACGAGCGAUGGCACUCUUGUCCGCUACGUCAUCAUAUUUGAACGUAGGGCGUUUACCGCCUGGGUGCGCUUGAUUCUGCCUGCAAUUAUUAUCAAUAUGAUUGGAUUCAUGGCUUUCUGGAUUCCAGAAAUGCCCGAGAGUGUUGCUUUGGGGAUUACCUCAUUGCUGUGUUCGCUGGCCUUUCGAGAAACCGUCGAGAUGCCCGAUACUGCUGAUGUCACAUGGACCGAACUGUUUAUGAUGGUGAACAUUUCGUACCAGGCAUCGGUGAUGUUAAUUAUUUGGCUCUCGUAUGGAGACAGGAGCAAUUUUACCAAGAAUCUGGACGAAUGCUGCUACAAGUUUCAUCCGAAACAUAUGCUAAAGAGGCUGGGAAGAGCCCCAGUUGAGGUUGUUAGGACCGCCCCCAGCGUGACUCGCAAAAUCGUAGAGUACUCUGGUGGAACACGUCGAUCAGAGAAGAUGGCUUCCCACCUCUCGAAAGACGUUUACGCGACCAGGCACCUCAAUCGACCUUCGGGUGAUCUCCCCAAGGUCAAUGCAACACGACAACUCGCAAGGCCUUCUUCCGAUCUAACCAGGGAGGAAACUGCCUCGAAAGAGUUCUCUACCUCCAGAGAAUUUUCCCUUGCUUCCAAGCGGGCGUCUACUAGUAUACACGCCGACGAUGACGAGAAACACUCAAGUAUGCCUGGCAUUCCUGAGGAAGACCUCCCUGUCCCUAACAAUGAAAACUGGUGCGAAAUUGAUAUGGAAGCGAUGGAAGAAGACAUAAUAGUUCCAUUGAAAGCAGAACAAGAGUCCGCAAAACCAAAAACCCUGCGAAAACGAACAAAGUUCUUGAUUCAAGACAGCGUUUCAGAAAUUGGAGCUUCAGUGACUGCCGCGACGAGUCCUGUUGGCAGGUAUGAUGCUAGUGACGACGGCAUGGCAUCCAGCGACGACGGCAUGUCCAAGAAAUCAAAACGUCACCAGUAUCACGGUGAUGAUCCGGACGGCGACGGUGACGGACGGACAAACGUCGAUUGGAUCGGUCGUUGGAUUAUUGUCCCAUCGUAUGUCGUUGUGAUGGGCACUCUGCUAACAACAGGAUGGGGAUUCUGAUUUUGAGGGCAUCCGACAUGGUUGUGCAUGCAAACCAGACAGACUGAGUCACUCAGGCUCGUUUGACGACGGCAAGGUUGACGGUUACACUUCUACAGUUCCAGUUUAGGUACGGUAACCAGGAUACGUUUACUCCUCUAGCUAAAAGAGCGCCGUUUUGUAAGCAGUGCCAAAGAAUAGCCAGCAGCCAGUGCGUACCAAGUAGAAGAAAAACACUCCCCUCCCCUAAGAGAGCUACUGUGACGGAGCAUUGUUGAAAAGGUGUGAACUUGAACGCACAAUUUCUCUAAUUUAAUCAAUAUCCUUCCAGCUCUACUGUCUAGUAGACUGGCUAUUUGUU